AUGAUUAUCUAUUAUAUGACAGAAACAGAAACGUGCUAUGGACAAAAACUAGAAACAGAAACUGAGCGCCUUUCCUAAUAUUCUAAUUUAAACUGAAUAGAUUUUAAAAAAUGAGACAAAAGGGCAUUUAAAUAGAAUUACAUCAGUUUAUUAUAGAAAUAUGAACACCAGUAAAGUAGUAGAAUGUUUAAUUUGUGGAAAAACUUUCAGCAGUUCUUCAAACGUGAGGAAACAUGUCAAGAAAUUGCAUCCAGAUAGAGUUCUGGAAGAAUCAUAUGAUCAUAUUAUGAACACCAGUAAAGUAGUAAAAUGUUCUAUUUGUAAAAAAACUUUCAGCACUUCUUCAAAUUUGAAAAAACAUGCCAAGAAAUUUCAUCCAGAUACAGUUUUAGUAGAAUCAUAUUAUAAAAACAGUAAACACUUUAAUUUUACAUGUGAAUGCGGAAGAAACUUCAACCAUAUUCGUCACUUAAAAUCCCACAGAAGAAAGGUCCAUUUAGAUGAGCAGAAUAACAUUUUGCAGAGAAAAUGUCCAUUGUGUGAUUUUUCAGCAAGAGAGAAAAGUUCAAUGUUAGAACACUUCCAGAAAGAACACAAUAUUUGUGUAGAUUCUAAAGAAUACACAUUUUCCAAUAUUCAACAAUUUGAAAAAUGGAAAACUGACUUAGAAACUAAGAGUUGUAGUCGAUAUAUCAAAAAGGCAAAAAGUGUUGUGUCCAACAGUAGUUACUAUUGUUGUCACCGUUCUGGGAACUACACACCUAAGGACGAUAGAGUCAGGCGCUUAAAAGGACAAGGAUCCAAUAAAAUAAAUGCUUAUUGUCCAGCAAGUAUAAGACUAAUUAAAAACAUUAGUGGAAGCUGCACAGUUACGUUGAUUGAUACACACGUAGGACAUGACUUCGAUUUGGAGCAUCUUCAACUUACGGAUUUAGAAAGAAAAGAUCUGGCCGUUAAAAUUGCUUCUGGGAUGAACUUUGAUGAAAUUAUACAACAAAUUAAGAAAUCAGCUGAUCCGGAUAGUAAUAAACGGUUACAUCUUGUAACAAAAAGAGAUCUAAGGAAUAUUGAAGCAUGCUUUAAUCGGCAUUCUGGAGCAAUUACAAAAAGUAAAAAGGAUAUAAAUAAAUUUAAAGGAGAAGAACAAAUAUGUCUUGAUCUGGAAGCAACAGAAAUAGAUACUGUAGAACUUGGAAACGGCAAAACCAAUGAGAAUCUGGAGGAAACUAAAAAACGGAUUUUAAAAGACUUUUCUGACCAUCUUCAUAAAGUAAAUUCUACAGAAGAACUAGAAAGUUUAGAAUUUGUGUUAAAAUCGCAUUAUAAUUCUCUAGUUUCUAUUAAAUAAUAAAGUAUAUUGCUUACA